AUGGCCUCUGUGCUUCAACCGCACACUAGAAUUCUCCGCGAGGAGAAUAUUGCUCUUCGACAAAUUCUGGGGUAUCGCCUCGAGACCAUUCAAACCUCGCCAUAUAGCCCACCCCGGGUUGGACAAUACCUACCCGGCACUUUGUUCAAGGACGCUUUGCUCGUGUCUGUUGAUGUCGACAAGGGAGGAGGCUACGAAGCCAUAUCCCCUGAGCAGAGUUUCCACAUUGGCGUGUCAAUUUUUGAUACUCGGUGUCUCGUGCAGAAGCUGGAUGAUCCUCGCGAUGCCAUCACAUCUUACCAAUUUAUCAAUAGGGAUUCGCGGCCGUGUAAGUGGGCCGCCAAGAGCUUCAUCUUUGGAGAGACGGAGUUAAUGACACUCAACGACUUUGCAUCGCGGAUUUCUUUGCUCACCAAGGACCGCGAUUACGUCUUAGUCGCACAUGGGGUUGGGGAGGAUGUUAAAGUUCUCAACAACAUCGAUCCCAAAAUUGUGGACCGAGCCUCUUACGUCUUGGAUACAGUCAAAGCUGCGCAGUUUCCCCUACAGCUGUCCUAUCGGUACAACGUUGAGAAGCUUUUCGACGAGCUUGGGAACGACGCUCAUUUUGUUCUCAAGGCUUUGCUGAUGAUUGCUGUCCGCGAUGGCCAGAUGGUGCGGGAGCCUGGCGACGAAGAGCUAUUUCGUUACCUUGCCGCUGUUGCGCAUGCCCCGUACGGCGGAGAUCUCACCAAGGGAACAAGAGACACGCUCACCAACAGCCGGCGGCCGGCCCUCACCCAGGACCAUUUCGCGGAAACCGUCGUCGUCUGCGCCGGCAAAUACGACCACAGCCGCAACAGCCUGAGGGGCCUGUUGUUUGUCCAACAGGGAUAUUUAAUCCGACUGGUCAUUGUGGCAAGAGAUCGCAAUUGGUUCAGUGACGAUUACGUUCCUUUCCAGACUCGAAUCCAUGACUCGCGAGGUAUCUGGUUUGAAGUCAUUGACAUAGGCACCGUUGUCCUCCCCAUCGUGCAAUCAGAGGGCGAGAGUGGUGAGAUGAUUCUGAAGAACGUGCUUCACUACCCAGACGCUGUCUGCAACAUCGUGGGGAGCCUUGUCAGCUGUGGUGAACGUGUCUGGACCCUUAGAGAUGAUAAAAUGCGCCCCGCUGUCUACUUCGAGCUGGAACAAGACAAGCCAUUUCACCCACUCCUGCUUAGCGAUCCGCCGCGCGGUGCCAGGCUGGGUCGUUGUCCAUUGGAUGAGAAGAGGAAUUCCCUGUUCGGGCUAUACUGGCCUGAGAACGAGAGAGAACGCUUUGAAGUCUCCCAAAGCAGGGCUCGAGUCUCCCAGGAAGAGGAAGAGGAAGAGAUUUCAGAUCCUCUCACUGAUCGCGAGAAGGCGUGGCUUAAGAAGUACUGGAGGAGCGAGUUCCAGUUUCUAGCAGCGCAUGCGUUGAACAUCUACCACGAGGGUGACCGCAGUGUUGGAAGGGAUUUUUUGAGGCAGUUCAUGGCCGAGGACAAGAAGCAUAAAGAGUCUCACAGGUACGAUAUGAGCGAGGACGAGGACGACUUCUUUGACGAGCCUGGACAAGAUGGAUUAGCGUUCGGGUUUAUGACUCGCCACGAUCCUAAUGCUCACGUUGCCGACCGGCACUUUUCAGACGACGAGCUCGCAUGGAUCCAGGAGCGCCACGGAGAUUCGAGGACCUUUCUGGCCUCGAAUUGGCUUAGGUUCUACAAUGAUGAUGAUUGUCAGGAGGGAAAGGAGUUGGCGCAACAGCUCAUGAGGAGAGGUGCGGAGAUGAGAGAGGCAUAUGGGCUUCCACCAAGGCGAUACAUGGCGGGGGAGACUCUGCACGACAGCCGUUGA